CGGAAGUAUUUACCUACAUUUUGCGCGCGUCUUUAUUAUCAAUAGAUAAUAUAAAUAAUAAUAGUUAAUAAAUUCGAUAGAUAGCUCUUGCACCGUUUUAUACGUCAAGAGUCGAGAGAUUGUAAUCGGUAUGUUUGCAGAUUCAACAUUUAUGUUCAUUUGCAUUUUUAAUUAAUUUUUAUCAUCUUGUAAAUAUAAUACACAUCCUGUCACAAAGAGUCGCUUUUGACACAACAUGAAGAUCAUUCUUGUAACUGGCGGUUCAGGACUCGUUGGCAGAGCUAUUCAAAAUGUCAUUCAACAUGACAGGAGAGAGGACGAGAGGUGGAUAUUUAUCGGGUCCAAAGAUGCGGAUUUGUGCGAUAAAGAGAGCACUCGUAGGUUAUUCGAUCAGUACAAACCGACACACGUUAUUCAUCUGGCUGCUAUGGUCGGUGGGCUUUUUCAUAAUAUGUCACACAAUUUGGAUUUUCUGCGGAAUAAUAUACACAUGAAUGACAAUGUUCUUCACACUGCUCACGAGCAUAAUGUUGCCAAGGUUGUUUCGUGCCUUUCCACUUGUAUAUUUCCAGAUAAGACAACUUAUCCAAUCGAUGAAACCAUGGUUCAUAAUGGGCCGCCGCAUCCUUCAAAUUAUGGUUAUAGUUACGCCAAGCGGCUUAUAGAUAUUGCAAACAGAGGUUACCAUGACCAGCAUGGCAGACUGUAUACCAGUGUAAUUCCUUGCAAUGUCUUUGGUCCUUAUGAUAAUUUCCAUCCCAGUGCGAGUCAUGUUAUACCUGGUUUAAUGCGAAGACUUUAUGAUUUAUGCAAAGAUGGAAAUACAGAGAAUAAGAUAUUCUCUGUGCUGGGCUCUGGCAAGCCUUUAAGACAAUUUAUUUAUAGCAUAGACUUAGCAAAAUUAAUAAUUUGGGUCUUGCGAGAAUAUGAUUCUGUGGAACCAAUUAUAUUGUCAGUGGAUGAGGCGCAAGAAAAAUCAAUAGCGCAAGUGGCUGAAAUUUUAGUGGAAGCUUUCAACUUCAAGGGUAAGAUGAUGUAUGAUACAUCAGCGGCGGAUGGUCAAUAUAAGAAAACGGCGAGUAAUGCCAAAUUACGAAGGUAUUUACCCGAUUUUCAAUUCACACCUUUUGAACAAGCGAUUAAAGAGACCGUUGAUUGGUAUAUAAAAAAUUACGAUCAUGCGAGGAAUUAAGAUAGCUAGACCAUAAUCUGCUCAAAUAUUAUAAAUGUCUUUAUUUCCGUGAAUAACAUUUCCGAUUCAAACUUGUGUUUAGAUUUAUAAAAUUAGGAUUAUUGAGUCCAAGAGAACUGACAGUCGUGAGUCUGAUAAUUUGGAUAAUUUAACGACUAUCUGUUUAUUGUUGCCAUUAUCAUUGUUUAAGGUGUUUAUUGAGUUUUAUUACGACAAGUAUAUGUGCAUUUAAUUCUAAUACUUUAAAAUAUAUAUAAAUUCCAAUUAUAUAGUUUAUUAGAAUCUAUAAAUUAAUGCUAAGUAAUACAAAUGUUUUAUAUGUUAGAAAGUUGAAAUUGAAAAUAUACAAGUAUACGAAGAUAUGAGUAUCGAUCGUAUAACUUUGUCAUGUUGUAAACGACUAUAUUUUUGGAAUAAAUGAUCUUCUGGCAAAA